AAGCGGCUGUGAUGUCAAGAUGCACGAACACGCCUGGUGGCGCCGUUGGCGACGCGACUCGCGAGUGUUUUCCUAAUAAUGGCAGGGAUGUCGGUGAUGUCUUCGUGAAGUGGUGAGGUGUCUCGACUGUUGCGAGGCGCGAUGUGGGUACGGUUGAAGGCAUCCUGGAACAAUAAGUUCGUCGUGCUUUUGACGGUGUUGGACUUUGCCGUAUGUGCUGUGCCGGCUGAGAAAACGGCAGGUGUCCGGCAAGACUUUCUUAGGUAUGAACGAGUACAUCCCAAAGUUAUAAGCCAUGGGCGGAGGCGUCGGGACGUCUUGAGUCUAAGAAAUACUACUCAUGAAGAUGUUCUACAGGUUAUGUUCAAAGCAUUUGGUCAGCCUUUCACGUUAGACCUGCGAAUGAAAAAAGACUUGCUGCCAUUAAAUUAUUUUGAAAAGCACCAUGCAAACAAUAGUCACAUCAUAGAUCACCCCAUGAAAAGGACCAACAAGCACUGCUAUUAUCAUGGCACUGUACGUGGACGGAACAACUCUUGGGCUGCUGUUAGCACUUGUGAUGGGCUCAGUGGAGUUGUCUUUGACGGGAAAGAGACUCAUUAUAUUCACCCUGACCUUCCCGAGCAUUUGUUUUUUAAGGCGUCUGACAUGAAAGAGAAAUCUUGGAGAUGCGGAUUCAAUGACUCGCUGAACCUGGUGGGUGAUACUCAUUUUAGGGCAAAGAGAUCUGUUGUGAUACAACCACCAUUCAAAAGUAAUGCAAGAUCUCGCUAUGUAGAGCUUUUGAUUGUUAAUGAUAACAAAGAGUUCAUCAAGAUGAAGCGAAACAAAGAAGCCGUGUUUGAAAGAAGCAAGCAAAUAGCAAACAUAGUCAAUGCGCUCUAUGCCCCGCUAAAUAUAUUCAUUGCAUUGGUUGGAGUUAUUGUUUGGACAGAGCAUGAUGAAAUAGUCAUGUCGUCAGACGGCGAUGCAACAUUAACAAAGUUUUUACAAUAUCGACGAGAGCGGCUUGCUCGAGAGCAUCCAAAUGACAAUGCUCAGCUAAUAACAGACAUUGUGUUGGACAGCAGUGUUGUUGGAAAGGCACUCAAAGGACCCAUCUGCACAUAUGAAUACUCUGGUGGCGUCAACAAGGACCAUCAUGAAGUGGUUGGUGUUGUGGCUACUACCGUAGCCCAUGAAUUGGGCCACAACUUUGGCAUGGAGCAUGAUGACAAGGACACUAAAUGCCAGUGCCCUGAAAAGAGGUGCAUAAUGGCAUCAGCAACCAGUAACCCACCCAGCCCAAGCCAGUGGUCAUCCUGCUCCAAGCAGUAUUUGCAGUCGUCAUUUGAACAGGGCAUGGACUUCUGCCUUUGGAACUUGCCUGAGGACAUCAUGGGUCCCGUCUGUGGGAACGGGUUCCUUGAAGAGGGCGAGCAGUGUGACUGUGGUCCACCAGAGUUCUGCAAAAAUCCAUGUUGUGAAGCAUCGACUUGCAAGUUCAAAGGAAAUGCCGCAUGUGCUAUUGGAGCUUGCUGUGACAUUUCUACAUGCCAGGUCGUGAAGGCUGCUACACUGUGUCGAGAUGCCAUAACAGAGUGUGAUCUGCCAGAAUACUGUGACGGGGUUUCAGAGUUCUGUCCUGUGGAUGUUUUUGUGCAAGAUGGAACAGAAUGUGGAGGUGGCAAGGCCUACUGCUUUGGUAAGCAAUGCCGCUCUCAUGAUGACCAGUGCCAGCUACUGUGGGGUUCCAGUGGACGUAUGGCUGACCAGCGGUGUUUUGAGCGCAAUGAUGAUGGUGAAGUAAAUGCUAAUUGUGGAUACAAUCGCCUGAACAAGACCUACAAGAAGUGCAACAAGGAGGAUGUGAUGUGUGGCACACUCCACUGUGUGCACCUGAAUGAGCGGCUAGAGUUCGGCAUAGAGUCUGCAGCUGUCCAGUCCAAAUUUUACAUAGAUGAAAAUGAUAAACGGUUUACAUGCCGGUCUGCAAUUGUGGACUUGGGCCUAUUCACAGCUGAUGUUGGCCAGUCACCAAAUGGUGCUAAGUGUGGCACCAAUAAGGCUUGUAUGAACCAAAAGUGUGUUCCACUUGAAAAACUAUAUGGCAUCAAAUGCCCCUAUGACUGUUACAAUAAUGGGGUUUGCAACAGCCGUGGGAACUGCCACUGCAUGGUGGGUUACGCACCUCCGUACUGCAAUUAUCCAGGACCUGGUGGCAGUUCAGACAGUGGUCCUGCAUCAGACCCCUCAGCUGGCUACAGUUUUAUGGUGUCCAUGUACAUAAUUUUCCUGUGCAUCGUGCCUCUGGCUGUGAUCACCAGUUUCUCCAUCUACUACUUCCGCCGCCAUCUGAAGACGUGGUGGAUGACAAAGGCUCGCAAGGCAGCAAUAAAGAGUCGUGCCCAGCAGGUGGGCCUCGACCGGCGUGGAGGUCGGCCCCUGUCCAAGUUCAGCAUUGAUGCUGAGGCUAUCAAGGCACUCAACAUCUCAGGCCCAGUAACCCAGCACAUGGCUCCGCAAGAGCCACUAGUACCCAGCGCACCACCAUUGCCGCCAUCACAGCACCAGAAGCCACACCGCAGUGUGAGCCGUGAGCGUGGCAGUUUUCGCAGCGUGGACAUCUCUGGACCUGUGCUGCAGAGCUCAAGCAACAGCCACAUAGCUCCAACCCGGCCAGCACCUGCCAGACCUGCACCUGCCCGGCCUGCCCCAGGGCGUCCUGUGAGCGUCCAACGUGCACCCUCCUGUCCGUCACAGGGGAGCAUGCGUGGACGCUCACGUGUAGCACGCUCGGCAAGCCAGCGCAGCAAUGGUCCUCGGCCAGCACAUCCACCGCCACCAAGGCCUCCUGCACCCCCUGAUGGGUCCCUGUAUGAUGACUGCACCACAACUCUUGAGUUUGAUGGCACUCCUCUUGCCUUUGUGCAUGAUGAUACGAACAAUUCACAGCGCCCACUUCCAAAUAGGCCACUGCCUGCGCGUCCUGCACCGGUCAACGCACGACCUGUGACAGGAGUGGCUGCACUUGCACAGAAAUUUGAGAGGAAUGCGACAGAGUCUUCACAGCCACUUCAUGGGAGGGCACAGCCCAUGGCAGGGCAGCGGUCUCACAUGACAACACUUUCUUGAGCAUCUGUCAUGGCACACUGGCAUUGUACAUUGCAUCAGCAUGUUGUCCCUUGGCCUCAACUUGUGAACAUUUCAGAGAUAGACAGCAAGGCACCUGGGGCCAUGUAUUCUAGUGAUUUUUGCAUUUUCCAUUCUUCUUGCCCCUCUUCACUGGCUUGCAUGAUCACUGGCUGAUAAGAAAUGAAUAGAAUUGGAGGAAAAGAAACCUUACAAAAUAUGACCUGUGUGCAUCUUGUACACCCAUGGAUGUAGGCUGAAACAUUGCUAUACAGCCACUGUUUGCUAUGGAAGCUUAUUAUAGAUCCCUACUGCUAGUGCACAGUCUACGUAACACUAUUGGAGCCUUGCAGAUUUCAUAUUAUAAUUUGGUGGCUCUCUUAAAAAAAGCAAGGGACCAGAUGCUGCUAAUUAACAUUUUGUUCGGUGCUUCUAUUUUCAUAUGGACACAUGCAGAAAGUAGCAUCCUGCAGUAAUCUUGCUGUAAACUAUGCCUAAAGAGAUGCAGUGUGACAUGUCAUUGGACAAAACCAGUUGUGUUUAUUUGGUGCACAUCAAUAAUUGCAUCCUAGUACAGUAAAACCUCGUGAAUGCGUAGUUGGCGGGGAAUGUGGAUAAGGUACGCACUAAACGAGGUACUAAUUAACCAACAAUGGCAGAUCAGAGGCUAUAGACCUACUGGCCAAAAAAAGCUUGUGAACUCUCACUGAAACACAUAUGCUGACAAAUUUUAUUUGUGAGCAGGCAGCAAAAGAUCUGCAAUUUUUCUCUUGCCACCAUGGCGGCCUUGCAGUGACGACAGCAUUCUCAAACCUGGCAAGGCUGCAAAGCCAGUUUCUCCAUCAGGUCCCACUUCCCUGCAAAUGCCCUCAUGAUGAUCAACACACUAGCUGUAUUGUCAUCGAUGUCUUCCAUGACAAUGACAUGGAAGUGAUAGAAGCUAUGGGAGCUACGAUGUUUUCAUGUCAUUAUCAGUGGUGACUGCAGUCCAGGAAAGGUCUGUGUGCCGCAAUUUUGCUAUCUGUGGUCUGUGGACCCAACAUUUCGCCAAUUCCACGCUUGUAUGCACUGAAAAACAAAGUAAUUACUACACACUUACUAUUUCAUAUGCGUUAAGCAACAAUGGUUUAAGCAGUCAGCCAAUACAUUAGGUUUAAUAGCUACAGGACGGGCGAUACAUCGCAACUAUAUUUAAACCGGAAUUUUCUAAUUAAGCAGGUACGUAUUCAAGACGUCUUACUGUACUUGCAUUGUAAUGCACGACAACUUUUUACUGGGAUUAGUUACACAAUACAAGGUCUGUUAGAAAAAGUAUCCGACCUUUGGCCGAAGAAAAAGAACUGGCAUAACUGGAGCAUUGAAAACCUAAUCAGGCUCAAGGUAGUCUCCUUGGAACUCCACACACUUCUCCCAGCGGUGCUGCCAUUGUUGGCAGCAUUCCAAGAAGGCCUCUUUCGGAAUGGAGUUUAGCUCAGCUGUCGUUGCAGCCAUAAUGUCCUCUCUUGUCUGAAAUCGCGCUACUUUCAAUGGCCUCUUGAUAUUGGGAAACAGCCAGAAGUCACAGGGGGCCAUAUCAGGAGAGUAAGGAGCCUGUUGAACUACAGGAGUCUGGGUUUUCACCAAAAAAUGUCCGAAUAAAGUGUGAGGAAUGUGCAGGUGCAUUGUUGUGAUGGAUGCUACAAUUUCCUGUUGACCACAACUCCGGUCUCUUGUGCCGCACAGCAUCACAUCGGCGAUGGAGGAUAUCCCUGUAGUACUCUUUGGUGAUUGUUUGACCCUGUGGUGCGUACUCGUGGUGUACCACACCGUGGGAGUCAAAAAAAGCACCCAGCAUCACUUGGUGGGCCUUCUUUGGUCUUGGUUAUGUGGAAUGCUUCUACUGUGAUGACUCUGAUUUGGUUUCCGGGUCGUACCCGUACACCCAAGACUCGUCACCAGUGAUUAUGGUGUUCAUGAAGUCGGGGUCACUGUUUGUGGAAUCCAGCAUGUCCUGUGAGACUUCAACACGAAGUUGCUUUUGCUCCACCAUGAGCAGCUCGGCACGAAUUUUGCUGCAACUCUCUUCAUGGCCAAAUCUUCGGUCAUAAUGGAAUGUGCAGAAAAAGUGCCGACGCCCACCUCUUCCGCAAUUUCUCGGAUAGUCGCACGACAGUCCCACAUCCCCACAGCGUUCACUUCGGCACUGACCUGGUCAUUUCGGCAUGUUGAUGGCCGUCCGGAACGUGGCUUACUCUCCACCAAUGUGCGGCCGUCUUUAAACCGGUUGUACCACUCCUCAAUCUGUGUGCUGCUCAUAGCAUCAUCACCGAAAGCCGUCUGAAUCUUCCGAAUGGUUUCCAUUUGGCUGUCGCCCAGUUUCUGGCAAAAUUUGAUGCAGUAGCGCUUCUCCAGUCGCUCCGCCAUUUCCCUUGCAAUGAAAAAUCGACGAGAGCACUGUACACUACCUCACUCAAACGCUGCGUCCCAGCGACUGACGCUAUCGGCAGGCAGGAAAAAAUUCAUGCAUGCGCACGGAUGUUCAAGGUCAGCUGAUGCAAGCGCGCUUGCUUCAUAUCCAUCAUGUGUUCACCAAAAAAAAUAAGGUCGGAUACUUUUCUAACAGACCUCACACAUUCAAGGCACUGAACUUGGCAAAAAGGGCACGGUGCCAGUUACAUAAUUCGUCCUCUGCGUGGAGUUUCUUUCAAGCAUGAGUGACAUUGUUAGGUUAGAGCAUCACACACAUAAUGUGAAGAUGUCAUUAAUUUAAUUAGUAAGUACAAGUAAUUUCCCCUAUGUUGUCCUUGCUGUCUUUGUUGGCUUCUCGUGAUACGAUUAAUAAAAAUUGGGCCCCUCGUUUCACCCCCUUUCUUCUCAUUGUUAGGAGAUGCACUUUUAAUUUUGCUGGGAGGUGCCUCGCUGCAUGCGCUCUGACAUGAAACGGUUAAAAGGCAUCUGUUGAAGUGCGUGCCAACUGUUUCAUUGUUGGAAUGAUUUUGGCCAUCUCGUGCGCUAUAACCUUCAGUUACCAUUGUAUCCUAAGUCAUUGCCCAUCCCUGAGAGUUUACCCAGCCUCGUUUUCCUGCAAAAUGUCAUCAUGAAAACUACAUCAAGAAACCUCCCACCCUGUGGACAACUCCACUCAUAGCCAUUGUAAUAACAUUGUAUAGCUGCUGUGCAUGGAAUUUUCUUGCCAGUUUAGUUUUCCGCUCUGAAUGUGAAAACACACAUGUAAUACAGUUAAAAAAACCUCGAUAUAACAAGUAUUUAAUUUUUCAUAACCCCUUGUCUAUAGAACACCAUGUAUUUGGAACCUCAAUAGAGUGGGUGUAAGUUGGCAAGAUCGUCUGGACCGUGACUGCGCAUGACUGUAACUCCGGCUGAGCUCAUACGCAGCCUCGCACCCUGCUUUAGAGGUAAUCUGCCGCAUGAGCAAAGAGUAGGCGUGCCGAGACCGCGUGGCACAAUGUAAACUGUCUUACCAUGCGUUUAGUAUUGCAGGCUGUGUAAUCUCGAGUUUCAGUAACCCAUUGGAGCGAGAGGCAGUCGAAGCACUCGCUCUCCGCUGCCGGCGCUUUUCUUGAUAGCGCUGUCCCAGCGCAGGUGACGCUAUCAGCAGGCGGAGUGCAAGCGAAAGCGUGACUGGCUUGGCUUAAUUCGUACCGCCGAAAAGAUGUUGUCGACGUACAUGGCAUGAAACCGUAUCAUUCGUCGUUGACUCCAAAAUUUAUCAAAAUGAAUUGUUUUGUCAUUGAAAUUUGCUUUUUUCGAUUGCAACUGAAAAAUUGACCGGCGACUGUACUUAUUUGCAUAAAAGGUAUAAUUUCAAUAGAACAAAAUUUCGAUAUAACGAAGCAAAUUGCCAAUUUUACCGACUUCGUCAUGUCGAGGCUUUACUGUAUAUGCAAGUUGAAUCACCGACUGGCACCCACAUAUGAUUCUGCAGCAGUUGCAGAGCUUCUCAACCAAGAAAAUUUCAUAGCCACCUAUCAUGAAGCCUUGCGUGAUAGCUUUAAUGAGGCAACUUGUGAAUGAAACGUUUUGCAUCAUUAUGGGGAGUCUAUAUAAAGCUACACUACUGUUUGUGCCCAGCUUUUUUUUUUUUUGUGCUUGUUUCAUGAACUUGGAUGCACCAUUCCUGUUUCUGUGCAUAUUACGUGUUAUGGGUGGGGAGUAGAUGGUGACUCAAAAUAUUAUGGUAUUUCUCGUGCGGCCAGCAGUCAUAAAAAUAUAUAGGCCGCGUUUUCUUUCUCCUUAUUUGUUCUAUGCCGGUUUUAUUUUUUAUUUUCUUUCAUUUGUUUCUCAGCAUUUCUAGCAUAACACAUCUAGACUGAGGAUAACAUUGUGAAAAUUUUCAUUCACCUGUGCAUGAUUAAUUUAUUAUGCAAUGCUGUGCAUAAUUACCCACUGUAGCAAGUUAAAGCAAUGCAUAAUCGUAGUAAUCAGCUCAGUUGGAUAUUUAUGCAAGAACUGAUUGUCGAUGCAAGUCAUUGAUUGCAUUAAAGUGUGAGCCGUAUUCAGGUGUUGCGUUGCUAGUGCUGAUGCAAAGGGCAGUUAUAUGAGCUGAAGUUGAUAAUGGGCACUCAAGGAAUUGUUGCACUCAGGUGCAGUGGGAUCAAAUCGGUCACUCAGCCAAUAACCUACUUUUGUUAGCUGUAUCACGUGCAUGCACACACAAACACACACACACAAAGUGAAGUUCAUAAUGCAUCACACUUUCAGUUCAUUAAGAUCACGAAUGCCAACAUACAUGCUGGUUUCUGUUGUUCAGUGGUAAACUUUCUUAUAAUACUCUCAGUAUUAGGUGUCCUCAUAAGUUUUAUCACUUCAGUUGUUAGCUAAAAAAAUGGUGGAAAGUAAUGCUGUGAAUGAACUGAAAAAAGAUUGCAAAUAUACUCGGGUGUGUUUACAAGUGUUCCAUUUUAGUCCACGUUAUCAUCUUAAAUCAUGCCUUUUGCACCAUCUGGCAAAAACUGCCAUUGUAUGCACAGUUUAUGAGAACACAGUCUGCAUAUGACAGACGAGUUCGCAUAAUUUUUAACAUUCUGCAGGGUGGUGCUGGUUUUGUCUGGUGCAAAAGCUAUGCCUCGUUAAUUGUGCGUGCCAGUGUGCUCAUCACACUUUGCUCUGACAUGCAGGAAGUCUUGUGAAGUGAGUGAGUGAGGCACCCAAGAGUGUUGCCCAGUGGAGUCCCUGUACAUAGGCGACAGAUACUGGUGUGUGCAGUGCAGUGUGGACAGAAACACCAAUACUUGGUGCAUAUUGGGCUGUGCCCUUGGUUUUAUAUUUGUAUGAAUUGCACUGGUAUUAGUUGAAGUUGGUCGUUUAACAUCGUGUUGAGCCAGAAUCUGAACUCAUCAGAUUUCUGCAUUGAAUAGUGCAGUGGUGGUUGAUUGUUUUGAGAAUGCACUCCUACUUAAAUGUUCUGCCAUGGUACAAAGCUCAUUGCAUGCUGUUUUAAUGUAGUGUGCUUUCAACCUUUAUAGUCGCAUGACAGUUUGCAAGGCUUGAAAAGCCCUACAAGUAGUCUUGCACCAUAAUGCCUUUGAAUGAAUGCUGCAGUGCAAACUCUGGAAUUUCAAUUAUCGGACGUUUCUACUGUUGAUCGGAUUGCUCCCACAUGGCAGCCAUUUGGCAUGUAACCGGUAGUUUAAGAUUUGUCUGUGUUUUGUGCUUAAAUAAGAAGUGUCUGAAUGUGUUAGAAUGCAAAGAAUUUAGGUUUUAGAAUUCCCAUUUCUGAACGUACAUUGCAGCAAAGCUAUCUACACAGGAGCCUUACCAUUUACCAUAGAGUGGCUUUAUAAUGUUGUUGCGAUUGUAAAGCGAGCCAGACCAGGGCAAACAUUUUGGAUGUAGCAAGUGCAAGCGGUGUUUAGUUAUGCAAUGUGUGAACAGUAUUGCAGUGUUGGCCAUAUUGUGUGGAAAGAAGUUAUUGUAUCAACCAGACCACACUGCACAAUAUUACUUUCUCUAGAAAUCAGACAUAUUGGAGGAUCCAUGUUAACAUUUCUUUUUACCAGUAUUAGACUUAUGACAAAACAAAAAUAAGGUGAUGUGCAUGCUAGCUUCUUGCAGUUCUUUGCAUGUGAUACAGAGGUAAUCUAAAGUUGUGAUCCAAGCGCACAACAGAAUGGCACUACGUAUGUAGAAGACGGCAAGCCAAGCAUAUUCCCAAUUCUUCUAGGUUCUGCAUAAGUGAUCCUCCUGCCACAACUUCUUGCUGUGCGUGUUUGUUUCUGUAAGUGCCUAUUUAUAGACAUUAUGCAUCUAUUCAUAUCUUGUGUUUUUCAUCUGUGAACAGGAGACAUGUGGUUCCUUAAAGAAAAAUGUUCUGCCAUUUCAUCUGGAUGGCAUCUGCAGGCCAAGCAUUUCUAGUGCAUGUGGCAGUUGUUGCAACACUGUGCUGUCAUAGACUAGACCAAACAAUGACUUUAAUAGCAUUCAGUCUUGCAAGAGCAUAAAGUUUUUUGCCUGUGUCUGUGUGCAAUAUAGACAAGCUGCUCAUUUUUUGUGCAGGACUACCACUAGUGCAGUUUCAAAGUGUGAAUGUCACAGUUUUAUUUUGUUCUUGUACAUAUGUAUUUACUGUGUUGAGCAAACGUCGCUUCUGUGAACAAGUAUAUAAAAAAUAUAUAUAUAUAUAUAUAGACUUAUACAUAUGUACAUAAUAAACUGUUUAUUUAUGAA